CAGCUCGGGUGUGCCCCAUUACUCAUGCCCACACCAUACUCCAGGUGUCCACCAUCCGGCAUGCAUGCCCUGAGCCCACAUGCCCAAGUGCCUCCUGCAUUUAAGGCCAUAGGUGAUAACCACAGAGGCCAAAUGGUGCAAAAGCCUGAGCAUGUCAUUUACCCUACAUUCACUAAAGUCGGUGGACAUUCGAAAUGCCAGCUGGAAAUGUAAGGGGUACAGUUUACCAAUGUUUGUGUGUAUUGGAGGGGAGUGAAGCAUCGGAAGACUGAGAGGAUGGCUGCCCUUUUUCUAAAGAGGUUAGCACUACAAACCAUAAAGACUGAAAGUAAUUUCACUCGAAGAUAUUUGGGGAAAUAUCUGGUGCAACAGACAGCACCAGCGCACUUGGCCCUUGUUGCUCCCGCCCCCAGGCUGUGCUGCCUAAUUUCUGCAAAAGCUUUCAGUACUGUGGAAGGUAUUAAGGUUGAAAGGACAAAGAAGAAAAAGAAUGACACAGCUUUUAGUAACAUUGGAAGAAAAAUUCAUGAACGAAUUAUUCAUGUACUUGAUGAGAAGGGCAAUGAUUUGGGAAACAUGCACCGAGCAGAGGUGAUUCGACUCUUGGAAGAGCGCGACCUGAGGCUGGUGAAGAGAAAUGUGGCAGCAGAGCCUCCUGAGUACCAGCUCCUGACAGGGGCUCAGAUUAAUGAAGAGCGAUUGAGACUUAGAGAUAUGGAGAAGGCUAAAUCUAAAACUGGACCUACCCUGACAAAGGAACUAACUUUUUCUUCAAAUAUUGGGCAACAUGAUUUGGACACAAAGAGUAAACAGAUUCAACAGUGGAUUGAGAAAAAAUACAAAGUUCAAAUUACUAUAAAGAAGGGGAAGAACAAAGAAGAGCCAGAAAAUAAAAUGGAGGAGAUAUUUAAUCAAAUACUUGAGACUAUGCCUGGAAUAGCUACAUUCUCAUCCAGGCCACAACCUGCUAGAGGAGGAAAAGCUGUGAUGUGUGUUCUUCGUCCUUUGAGCAAAAAGGAAGAGAAAGCAUAUAGAGAAAUACAAGGAACCCAGAAUGAAGACACUUUGAACAAGGAACAUGGAAAUGAUAGAGAAUCGGAUGUUCUGCAUCAGUGAUUUUAAUUAUAAAAAGGGAGGGGGCUUCUGAGAAAAAUAACUUGAGCUGGCUGGCCUGCAGUCCUUUCAACAAAGCAAUCUGGUGGUACUAGCUGAGGGCAAGUACUGCAGUUGUCGAGAGCACCUGGCCUUCGGUACAGUUGAGCAACUCUCUGUUUGUAGGUAAAGAUAAGCCUUGUUCUUGUUUCUUUUUAGGAGGGAUAUAACCACUGAGAUGAGAGGCUAAACUCCGUUUUUCACGAGAUCGUUUCACCUUUGGAGAUAAUGCAAACAGACAAUUAGAAUUCAAAAUUAAAAUUAUCUGGACUAAUUUUACAAUUCGUUAUAUAUCCUGAUAGGUAUAUGAUACUCCUUUAUUAAGAACAUGAAGCACGUAAUUGUUUUUGACAGUAGUGGAGAUUCACAUAAUAGUAAGCACUUGAAAAUAAUCUAAAUAGACUGCAGUUGACUUAAGCAAUUUGUUUUAAAAUGAACAGCUUGCCUAAGUUGUCUCAACUUACUUUGGGCUUCAUUUUCUUCUUAUCAGGAUCAUGUACCACUACAUGCCUGGUGAGACUUUGCUGUAAUGAAGGGAAAAAAAAAAACCAAACAUGUAUUUGCCGUUUGUUGUCUAUUAAUAUGAAAACUCCAUGACUUAAAUAAACCAUCAACCCUCUUUCAGUUACAUUCUUAUGAGGAAUUUGAGCUCUACAUUAAAGAAGUCCUCCCACAGGAGCAGCAUUCUUUCUCAAAGCCUGGACUUCAAUCACUGCCUUUUCCAAGGACCCAGGCCCCAGAACACCAUCUCAGAAUCUGGGCUCUGAAAGACUGCAGCUGUGAGGGGAGACUAUGAUGCCACUCAACAAGAGAAGACAAAGAGGAGGAGAAGACAAAGAGAAAGCUGAACUGAUUAAACUGGAAGAGGUCUGAGCCAUGUGGAAGUGAAGCCACAAAGAUGACAGAGACAGCUGCUGUCCAGCCAGCAGCUGAAUGUGAGAUCGGGAGCUAAAGAGAGAGCAAGCUGGAAAAUUUACCAGACAUUUGUCUUGUUCAGCUAUGAAUAAUCCUCACCUUUCUUAACUCAGCCUGUGCAUCUGUACCUAGUCCCAAUUUUCCUGAAGAUUUAGUUUUUAAAAUCAUUGUACAUAACUUAGCUGAGAACCCACCACUCCCAAGACAGGUGACAACGUGUUUAGUUCUGCUAAAACUUUUAGGGUUUCUUUAUACAAACAGAAACAAAUAUAAAUACAGGUUCCUUCUACUUACCCCCUCCACAUACACAAACACCUCUUUUUAUACACAAAAGGGUAGCCUUCUAUAUACAUUCUUCCAAACCUUGGUUUUUUCAAUUAAUAAGCCCUGGAGGAAUUCUUAGCUUUUAGAAAGAAUUUGCAUUCAUUUUUCUGGUUGUGCAUGUAUUCUAGUGUAGUGGGUUUAGAUAUAAUCAGUCUCUCCUCACCAGCAGGUGCAUGAUCCCAAUGCUUUGCUAUUAAUAGCGUUGUACAUAAUACUGGACACAUUUAAUACAGGCACAAGUGUAUCUGUAGAAUAAAUUCCCCAAAAUGAAACUUUCAGGUCAAAGCCUAUAUCCCAGCCCCAUUUUCCCAAUUGCCUUCAUUACUCUUUGCUGGUCUAGUUGAACUAUAUUUUGAAAUAAAUUACACUUCACUCAGGGUCAUUUAUUUUUUGACAACAUGCUCUGUGCUUGAACAGGGGCUAAAAUAAAAUCCGCCAUCCUCAGCACUUUGCCCAUUCCUGCCGGCGAGCACUCUGGUCAGAGAAGAGAUGGCUCUCCACAGGAAAAAUGAGACUGAAAAUUAUGCUGUAUUACCAACUCAGACUAUUUGGGCCUCAGUGAGAAUGAGCCACUUUGCAUUUGUUAUCACUUAAAAACCAAAAGAAAUCAACUAGGUCAUUCGACAACCUUACUGUUCAAGGAAUUGUCUCAUAGAAUGAAAUUAUAUCAGAUCCCAGCAGCUGCAACACCUGCCACACAGCUAAUUCUGAUAUGGUCUCCCGCAUAUAGCUCUGGGUAUCUAUUACAUUUAUUUUGCCUUACUUUUUUCAAUGAAAGCUAAGCAUUGUCCACAGAACAUUUUGUUGAGUGGCUUUCAAUACAUGGAUACCAGACCAGCAGCAUCAGCAUCACCACUCUGGGGUCAGGUCCAGCAACCUGUGUUCUAACAAGCUCUCCACAUGAUGCUGAUGCACCCUAAGUCUAAGACCCACUGCUUCAAAGAAACAGCUGAUUUAAAACAAAGCAGUACAAUUGUUAGGGGGAAAAGGAUGUCCCAAAGCUAAUUCCAUAUAGGCUUUGUGGACUCCACCCCCACCCUAGGUCAAAGCCAAAGACACUGGGAACUCCAAAUCCCAUCACCACCAAAGGGAAGGUGGCUGGGACCUGAGGGUGGGGUUAAGCAGCCAGGUUGAUAUAAAAGGCAGACACGUGGGCUUUGGAGGAUCCCCCCAUUUUUGGCUCUCCGCCAGCUCGCAGCGUCCGGCCAGCUGAGAGUGACUUUGGGUUUCCAGGUCGUCGGAUGGGGUAGGACGCAUUAAAGACUUUAUUUCCCUAUUUUCUCCCUGAGUUGUACAUUUUCCUUAUUUCCUUUUCUCUUGUAAAUAAACCUUUUAUUAACCU